AGUUGGCCACGAUGACCAUAGCUGCAGUACUACAUUCAUCUUUUCGCGUGUUGAACUUCUGUCAGUAGUCUGUUUUAUCCCUUCUAUGAAACAUUUAACUAAAAAAAUUUUCGUUAGAAUGGAGAAUCCUUUACCUCAUAUUAUUGAAAGUGCGGAUUGUGAUAGUACGAUAAAACCGAAAGAUAGGUUAGUCAGUUUGUUGGAUCAAAUAGAAUUACAUGUAGAACAACUUCGAAGAGAUGCCUGGAGACUUGAAGAAGAAAAGGAUACUUUAUUAAGUACUUUAGAUACUAUUAGAAACAACGAACUAUUAGGUUUCUUGGAAGAACCAGCAGACAAAGAUGACGUAUUACGAUAUGCAGAAAGAUUAUCUAUGCGGUGUUUAACCGUAGAUGUUUUAGUAAAAAUACAACGUGAUAAUGUGCAGCAGGAGGCAUUACAUCAAGUAAAUGGUUUAAUAGACGGUUUAAUUGUUAAUCUUCGUCAAGAUCCAAGUGGAACUCGACAAAAAUGUGCUGCAUUUAUGAAUGCUUGUUCUUCUCAAGCGAUAGGUCAUUCGGAUAAAAAUUUUGAAACUGCUAUCCUUGGAUGUACUUUAGAUGAUCAGAAAAGAGUGAAGAAAAGAUUACAAGGUUUAUUGGAUUACAUUGAUAAAAUGCACACCAUUGAAUUUCAGUAAAAGACCUAUGGCAUAAUGUACAUUGCGAAUAUAUUGAUUUAUGCAUUUUCAUAAUAUGUGUUUUUAGUAAAGUUCUGAUAUUGCAUAAUACGAAUAUUAAAGAAGAUGCUUAAAUAAUCAUUUAUGAUACAUGUAGUAAAAGUAUAAUUUCUUUCUGCAUUUGCGAAGCAUCUAUGUUUGUAAUUGUUAGGAGGAUGUGAAUUUCUUACAUUAUGUACCAUAAGAAACUGACUUUACACAGCCUAUGCUACAAUGAAUAGAAUUGGUGGUGUAUAUAUUGAUGUAUGUGUACUAACUUUAAAAUUAAUACCAACAAUUCCAUUCGGUGUACAAGAAUAUUAAUAACACAUGUGAUACGCAAAGAAUUUUAUAAAGAAAUAAUAGCACAGGCCGGAGCUUCCUUACCUGCAACGUAAAUUAUAAAAUUAUGAUUAUACAUCAUAAUUACACGUGUAAAAACUUACAUUAAAAAAUGAUAUAAAUAUGAUAAAAUAGACACACAAUAUAUUAUAUCAUGUACUAAAUUUUGGACAUCAAAAAAUGAUUAUGUAUGUUUUAUGUGCUUUUAAUAUCUAUUAAUAAUUAGAAUAAGAUUAGAAUUCA